GCAAACAGCGAACAGUGUUAGAAUACGAGCGAGAGUGAGCGGACGCGCGAUUGCACUGCCUGCAGCCACUGCCAGCAAAGUUGGAUGAUUAACUCCCUUUGUUUCAAAUGAAAUCUUAUCAAAAAGCAUAAGACUUAGCUAAUUUUAUAGUUUGGCCACCAAGUGCAAUAAUAAAUUGAAUAAUUUGCUUUUGAAAAAAUAAGGAUCAACUUUUGCAAGAGAACAAAAGAAGUCAACGUGAAGCGAASCCAGUUAAAGUGACUCAUUUCGUCAACCAUUUCCAUUUCCAAUUCCAUAUCCAUCUCUAUUGAUAUUGCCAUUGUCAUUGUCAUUGCCAUUAUCACUGCCUGUURCGCUGCGUCCGCAUUGCGCUCAACAAACAAAACGAAACGAAACGAACCGAAAAUAGAAUUAACGUCCUCGAACUCGAGGCUCCAUAUAUAGAAAGAUCGUUGCACAGCAUGGAGGAAGUGAGAGAGCGAGAGGUCGAUCAAGUGCAAGAGCGGGAGCUUGGCAUGCAGCAGAAGCACCGCCAGCACAUUAAGAAAAACAUAGAGAAACUUAUCAGAAUUACCGACUACAAUGUUAUAAUGACGGAAACCGUUCGCAGAGGUCUACUCUCGCCCGUGAUGCGCCGCAACAUUGAGGCUCUGCAGUUUAUGGGACCACAUCAGAGUGAGGAGCAGGUGCAGCUAGAUCGGAGCCGAAAGUACUUUGAGAAGAUUACAAAGCGUGGACCCACUGCCUAUGCAGAGCUGAAGGCUAUUCUUAGGAGUUUGAAGUACAUUGAAGCAUUGCGUAUACUAGAAGAGAUCGACCCACCGAACAAUGAAUUCGUAUCGUUGAGUCGUGCGCAUUCCAACAAAUCCACGGAUAUUGUUGACAAUCGAGUCAGUGAACCGCCCGAUGAUCAGCCAAGUGUUAGUAAGCCAAUCGUUUUGCAUAAUGAUGCAGAUGGUCCCUUGCAGCCCUUUGUUGGGGAAUUGAGUGGCCAAAAUCGCCAGGUCAUCAAGUCUACUCGGAUUCACACUGACAAUGUGCUGGGCGCAUACACCAUGAAGUCGAAGCAAAAUCGCGGCGUUCUCUUCAUAGUGAACAUCAUUGACUUCCCGGAUCCCGAGAAAAAACGAAAUGGUGCAGAUGUAGACAGUGAAUCGUUGAUUCACAUCUUCCGUGAAAUUGGAUUCACG